AGUGCACAAGUUAGAAGACCUUGAUGAUGCGAUCACGAGUUAAAAUGACCACCAUGUUGUUUGUACUGAUUUUAUCGCUCAUGACCGCUUUCUGCUCCAGCAAGAACAACAAACAAUCCAAGAGAGACACCAAGGUAACUACAUUCAUUCAUCAGUGUCACAACACAUUUUUUAACACAGUUGAUGUUAAAUUGUUGAGAAAACUAGGAAUAACGUAUCGUGUGUUAAUUUUACUAAAUCCGUCUUGCCGAUUAUAUUAAGAAAUGCUCAAAAGGCUUUCAAUAAUUAAGAUGGUAUGGUUACUUGAAUGAGCAACCGAUCUCUUUUCAUAGAGAAAGAGAAUUUUCACGUUUAAAACAAUCAAAAGUAACAUUAUUACUAACGUGGUAAAUACUAUGAUACAUUUUGUUUUCUGAAAGAUGAAUUUCUUUAAUCACAAUUUACGCGUUCAUCUAAGAAACCCAAAUUAAAACUUACAAAUUAAGGAAAUCAGUAAGCAUGCACUUCCCCACCUGGAUUAAAACGCAAGAUGACAGACAAAAUUGCCCAAAGUUAAUUGCAUUUUGUCAUUAAAUUUCUCCUUUUUUGCAGCCUAUUCAAUCUUCUCCAUCUUGUAAUAAUGACGGACAAACCGGGAUGUGGACAUACAUGACGUGUGUCCCAGGAGCCCCUGGGGCACAUGGUCGAGAUGGAGCCAAAGGAGACCUGGGUAGCCCGGGGAAAACUGGGUCCAAAGGACCACGUGGUGCUGACGGAAAGAAAGGAGCAAAGGGAGAGCCUGGGAUCCAGGGUUCAAGCGGACAAAAAGGAGAGCGAGGGGACAAAGGCGACAGUGGAUCGCCACUACUGGCUUCACACAUGAACUGGAAGGAGUGUGCUUGGAAAAAAGGAGACAGCAAAGAUUCAGGAUUGAUAUAUGUGAGUGAGCACUGUAACGUAAUCUACGACUAGGGAUACCUUCCGGCAAGUGCCAACGAGGCGAAUUCGUUUUUCUUUUGUGGAAUGUGCCUAAUAGUUCUUCAUGACAUAAUUAUAGAGAUUUAUAUUUGAUUUCUCUGAAAAGAUAAGAUGUAGUACGUAUAGGGGAAGGUAAAGGUACCGAAAAGGAUGAACAAUAAAUUAAACCUAUAUUUGGAGUUCUAUAAUACGCAGACUCCUUUGACAGGCGGUAAAGUUUGGGGUCUUUGGUUCUCAUUGAAAGAGUUGCAUGGACGUUGACGUUCUGGGUUGGCACCAUUUCUUUCUGUAUAGUCGAUACAUAGGAGAAUGGCAUACAGCGCGAUUUGUAUAUUGUGAAACAUUGGACUGCUGGUUGAAAAGACAGUAGUUCUCAAAGGAAUAAAUGCAUUAGUGAUUUUUUAAUUUCCUUCAAAACAUGAGCAGUGGUCUACGUUUUGUAAAGACUCUUAAAAUUUAUUGCACUUCCGUGUAGUGGAAAAAUUAUGUAAAUCAGGUCGGAGGAGUGACCUUUAACGUCCAUUUUGCCCGAAAAAAAACUUAAAACUGUGAAAAUCUGCUAAAGGAAAAAAAACUUAAGUAAGAAAUGACACAAUUCUAAAAUCAAAGAUACUACUACCAAACAUGUCACUUACAAGUUAGGGUCUGUUUACACGGAGGUGGGGGCACCAGGUGGGUGAUGUAACCCGCUUAGGUGGGGUAACCCGCCUGUCUAUAUAAUCUCUCAUUUUAAUUUGAUCACGUUUACAUGAUAGGUGGGGUGACCCUACACAUGUUACCUCACAUAUCUGUGGUCCUCCACCUCGAUGUAAACAGGCCUUUAGUUAACGACAGCGACGUCUGUGCCCAGGCCUUCAAAAAUAUUUAUUGAAAGUACACGUAAAUUUUGUACUAGUGCCCACUCCCCUUAUCAAACUGCUUUUUUGUCCCUUUUUCAAAGAUUAACUCAAAAGGCCCUUCCACAAAAAUGUUCUACAAAUCCACUAGUAUUAACACUGUGAAGAUAACUGUAACUUCCAAAGAGUACAUAUAUUAAAUUGAAUAUUAGCUAAAAAUAGUCUUAAUAGCGAUACUCGCGCUGACGUCAUCAACUGAUAUUAAUAGGCCAAACAGAAGCGCAUUUGCUCUUGUAAAAAAAUCAUUCUUCUGUUUCACUCGUUUAUCAUUUGAAUAACAAAAACAAUGGUUGUAAACAGUAAUGUCUCCUAUGGGUCACGUGACAAUGAAGUACUCCAAUCAACACAAUAGUUAUUGAACUUAUACCUAGGAACUCUGUCCGAGACGGGAGAAUUACACAAUAGCUAGCAUUUCUGCAUACUAUAUUUCAAAUGCAUUGUUAGUUACUGCAGCUGUUCACUUGAAAAUGAAACUAGGAGACAAUACCCCUGAAUAAUGAUGAGACGCUCUCAUGCUCACUUGCAAACACGAAAUUUCCUACAAAAAAUAGCGAAUUGUAGCCCCUAUUUUACUGCGUUACAAGUUAUCAAUAAUCUUGAAGCUCAAAGGUCAUAUAGAAUAAUGGUACGUUAAUCUCGAAUCUCAAAUAUAAAAAAAAAUUCAACGCGCGGUUUCAAAAUCAUUCACUUCUUUCUUAAAGUACACCGAAUGUUUACGAAACCGCUAAUAAGAGCACAUCGAUACAUACUAAUCAAAUCCUUCUUUUUUUUUGCAUUUAAAAAACACUUGAUUUUCUAUAGAUAAAGACCGAAUAUCAAGAUUGUGCAGUUUUUACCGUAUUUAACUAGAAAAACAUCAUCCCAAAAUACCUCCAUGACGCUCUUAUAAAUUUCAUGAACAUCGAGUCGGCUAUGUGGAGGAAAAAGCUCCAAUGAACGAUUUUGGAAGAAGAUUUCCUAGUGGCCGGUUCAGUGUAAAUAGUUCUGCGAAGAAUACGGUGUUUACUGAUGAAACUUUGUGGGUUUAAUCCUAUUCCUUGAUCAGCGGCCGCUUAAAAUUCAUUUACAAAGGAAAAGAGAACGCUGAAAACCCUGGUCUCAACAAACGCAAUAGAGAGGAGGAGUGUGACGUCGUGUUACCAGGGUAACAACAUUUCUGGACCACAACAACAGGGAUUUUAAGCAACGAUGACGGCGGCGACGGCAACGAGAAGGGGAAAAAAGCAGUAGGUUUAUAUCGGCAAAACAACAACUAUGAAAUCAACGUGGAUUACGCCGCUUUUUUCGUAGCCGUCGAAGCACGACUGCGACAUGAAACUAAGGACCUGUUUACGUGAAGGUGGGGGGGCCCCAGGGAGGUGAGGCAACCCCCAGCCGGUCACCCCACCUAUCAUGUAAUCGUGAUCAAAUGAAAAUGAGAGAUUAUAUGGACAGGCGGGUUACCUCCCCAAAGCGGGUUACCUUACCUAUCUGUGGUCCCCCAUCUCUAUGUAAAGAGGCCUUUAUUUUCACACGCCCCCGCUUUAUGGAGUAGGUAAACACAACACAAAAAUUUUCUUUUUCUUUUUCUCAACUUAAGUAAGUCCUUUCGGGAUAAACUCCAGAAAAUUUCGCCAAAAUUUGACAAAUUAAAUAGAAUCCGAAACCCAUAAGGGGAUGAAACCUGUAAGUCUCAUAUGUUUGCUUUGUCCGAGGCUCGUGAUUAUCCAUUUUCGAAAUUACCAUAUUUAGAAGGAGAAUAAGAAAUAACUGGCCUAUCAAAAUUCGUAAACGACGUGACGUAAUUAUACUUCCCCGAUCAUGUCCCGCGCCUGCUUAAAAAAUGGCUGACAAAAGGGGGGAAAAAACUCCCGAGAGCCGAGUAAGCUCUUAAAGGUUGAAAGUUAAUUCCUUAAAGCAAUUCGCGUAACACUAUCUGGAUCGUGGAUCCGUUCGCGCAAGUAAAAUCGGCUGAGCGCGCACAUGGCACAAUUCAACACAAAAUCCAUCUCAAAUCGGGGCGCAUUUAAUUUUUGUAUAAAACGCGCGUCUCUGAAACAUUAAUAAAUACAUAAAUUCCCUUUCAUAAACGCAAUUUUCUUGGCCGUAGAGUGCAAAAUGUACCUGAAAAUUCAGCAAAAACUCGAAAGACGAUUUAUUGAUGAAAAGCUUCCCUUCCUUCCCAAAAAGAAAACUCUUUUGAACGUUCUCGUUCCAUUUUUUGUCCUUUAACGGUGUAUUUUUAACCCUGAAAUGAAGAACUCUGUUCUUAAAACCACCGCAUGGUGAUCUCGCGGCAGCCAUUUUAUUGAAAAUGGAUACUGCCUUCAUUAAAGUUUUCAAAAAUGGUAAAAGUGAAUAUUCACGAGCAUUCAAUGCGAGUUACACGUUUCAAUCCCUUGUGAGUUUCUGAUGGAGUUGAAUAAGAUCGAUGAAGUUUGAAACAGUGCAAAUUCAGUUUUUAAGUGACGUUUUUGGUUUGUACAUGCAGAGAUUUUGUUACCAUGGCAACGUGACACAACGACUUCUCCUCUCUAUCCAUAGCCCACAAUGAACAGUUACACACUGGAUCGCCGGGCCUCGAACCACAAGGAGCAGGGCGGAUAAAUCUUGGGCGGUGAAACGAGCGCUCCGCUUCUCAUUCAAUGUGUGAUGCGGAGUAGGACUGGCACGAGCGCUCUUUCCGCGCUUCCGGUGCGCUUGAAGGCCGGCGAAAUUUUCCUUUUUGCAAACCGGAAAUCCUAUUUUCUUUCUGUAAUUUCAGGCUACAAUGUUAAAUAGAUAAAUUCGUUUCAUAACAAUAUCAAUAAACAGUUUCAUAUGUUUGUAUCUGUGCGUCUAAAAGUCAAACUUGUUGGUCGUAUAAUGCCAAAAUUUGAGUUUAAAAAAAAGUGUUGAAUACGUUCCCCUUCCACUAAAUAUCACCUGAUCGUCUUUCGCUGUUUCGUUUGCAAAAGCUUAACACUUCUUAACCUCAGUUUUUACAUAUGUUAAAGGGGGAUAAAUUUUAUAUAACAUAACAAAAAAUUAGAUUGAUAUAUAUUGCUAUAGUGGCGUUGUACUUCUUCAAACUUUGCUUCUCGGGUGCAACGUGCCAUGGCGAUCCGCGCAGUGCGUUGCAAAUCCGGCAACCGAAUGAUUACAAACAAAAUUUAUUGAGGUUAGUUGUAAGGUUUUUUCUCCGUUUUUCUCUCUAAUACGAAACAAGGUAAACAAUAAAAACUGAGGGGAAACUAAUUUUGAAGUUUCGAAGAAACAGAAAGACGUAUGAGAUGUUUUUUUUUUUGCAAAAUUAAAAAGAAGGAUGAUGGUGAUUGAAAUUAGCAUAAUUCCACCUUGCACGAGCUGCACGCAUUUAUAAAAUACACGUCAUCUAGUUAUGAAACACGUCCCACUUCCUUAAGUGAUAUGAUGAUUUUGUUUCUUUUACUCCUUUGAGAACUGCGACUUUGUGAAGAAAUACUCGGACACUGCCCUCCAUGUCUACUAUGCAGGUAACUUCGGGAUAAGGGGAUGUGACAACUGCGCCAGUCGCUGGUAUUUGACCUUCAAUGGCGCUGAGUGCAGCUCUCCUGGAUCUGUUGAGGGUGCAGUUUACAUGUACAGGCGGUACAGAAAUCGAAGUCUCCACCGUCACCGCCACAUUGAAGGUCAUUGUAACAACAUCCAGAGAGGAAAGGUGCGAGUGGGAUUCUGGGUUGGAAAGUGUAACGGAGAAAAGCUUGCUGAUGCCCACACUGGGUGGCAGACAGUGAGUCGUAUAUUCAUUGAAGAAGUACCAAAAGCUCAGCAGUAGACCUCUGUCUUGAGAUCACAUAGACUUAAAUUUUAAAACGGUG